UGCUAGUUGUAUCCAUAACAACCAGAGCUUAUAAUUGGGUUUUAAAAUUUUGUUAUUUUUCCAAAAAAAUUCUCUGUAGCUAUGUCAUUUUAACAGAUGAAAUGCUUAAGAAAUGACUCCCACCACUAGGCAGAAACAAGGCCUAAUGGCAGAUAAAAGCGUCAAAGUAUUCUGGCUACCCAAAGAAGUCUCUCAGUCUCAUGGGCAAGGUACUACUCCUGAAACUGACAGCAAGGCCUGUACACUGAUAGCAGUGCUUUUGAUACACAACUGCCAUCGCUCUAAGGUGGAGUUCUCUACAGAUAACCCCAGCAACCACUUGCUGAGUACCUUCAGCCAGAGUAUUGAAGAGGGCAAUAAAAUUUAUGGAAAGUUACGAGAUGAAGGAAUGUUAAAAGUGAAGUACUUAAACAUACCGGAAGCUCUGACAGCAAUAAAACCAUCAACAGUUACGCCCGUAGUGGAGUGGGAAAGUUUCUUCUAUGAUGGGAACAUGCAAGAAACCCUGUACAAGAACCUAAGUGGAAACCUGGAACUUUGGUACAAGAGGAGACCACCAGAUGCCAAAUCAGAUGCCAGUGUUGUGGUUCUUGCCAACUUGAGGGCUGUUGUGCUACUGUUUAGCGAGAAGAAAGGAGUUGUGACCCUGAUGGACUCUCAUGGACACUGUCCGUAUGGUGCUGUGAUUGCUCUUGUGACCAGCAACUCGCUAGAGACUCUUUGCAGGUGGUAUGCCGAACAGCUGACCAGAGAUACUGGUCCUGUGUUGUGUUAUGAGCUUAGCUUCAUCUAUUGCAUGUGAUGACAUAAAGAAAAACAUAUGCAUCAGUGAAGACAAUGAAAUGUCUAAAAAUAAAUUAUUUUUCAUUAUGUUGUGAAAUGUCCUUGUAUAUGAUUCAAACUGUAUAUUAAACUGAUUGUGUAUUGUAAUUUUA